CUCCUCUGCUGGAGAGCACGGCGAUCACCCCUCGUACCGUCGAACCAACGCGCCCGGGGACAAUCUCCCAGGGGCGUCGAUCGCAUCGCGAGCUAAUCAAAUGCGUCAGCAGCCCCCUCCGACUAAGCCAGGCCGCAGCCAAGAUCAAGCCACCCGCACAAAGCCGCUCUGCGCGCCUGCCGUGGCCGGCCAGGGGGACGAGAGGGAAAUGACAAAAGUCGACCGUGGCCCGCUUCUAUGCUUGUGGUCCUGCUCGUGGUCCUUCUAGCUUGGUUUGCCUGCCCGUCGAUCUCGUGGCGUCCGUUCGUUUUCCAUCACCAGCCAGCCAGCCUUUGCCGUCACCGUCCAUGACAUCAAAGUUCUCUGCGACAAUGACAUUGGCUCGGGUUGCGCUUCUGCUCUUCUUCCUUCCGGAGCUCUUCACGCUGGUGGUGGCGGCACCAGAUUCAAGGCCGGUGGUGUCUACUCCACCUGGUCUUGGAAGGCCGGACAGCAUACCAGUAGCCCCAGAAGGAGCAUGGCAGGCGGUCCGGAGGGCGAGCCAUUGGGUACGUCGAUGGGUUCCAAUUUUGACUGACCGUCGACAACUGCCAAGCAGAGACCGAGCAGCCGCCGAACUACAAAAACGACAGGACGGCACCAGCAGCAACACCGCCCCCAUCGGCAUCAUCGUCGGCGGCGUGAUCGGCAGCCUCACCGUGCUCGCCAUCCUCGGCUUCGCCAUCUUCUUCGUGUGGUACCGCGGCCGCAAGCAGCUCAAGCAGGAGGAGCUCCGCCUGCGCUACCAGUCGCACACCAAGUCGCUCUCCCCCGCCGCCGCCGCAGCCGCAGCCGCCACCGCGUCCUGGCCGCCAUCUUCAGUCAGCUCCGCCACGGUCCUCGGCGCCGGCACGCCCGGCAUGACGCACGAUCCCAUCAUGCCCAAGUACUGGGGCCCCUGGAGCAUCCACACGGGGCUGCCGGGCCCCGGCAGCGACCGGGCCAGCUACGUGCCGCCGCCGCUGUCACUGCUGGGCGCCGCGUCGUCUGUGUGUGGCGGGCGCGCGUCGACGAUCGCGGUCGCGCCCGGGUCAGACGGCCUUAUUGUUGUUGACCAUGGCACUAGUAGUAGUAGCCGUAGGGUGCAUCACCUGAGCAUGCCGCCAAUGCCGCCGCCGGCCAUGCCAACCGAGCUGGACGCGCUCGACUCGGCCAUCGACCGCCCCACCACGGCGUCGUCCCGGCUCGAGGGCGGCACGUCCCGCCGCAAGCAGCUGCCGCCGCUGCCCAGGGAGGCGGCGAAGCGGGCGGCGGCGCAGAGGAGGGCGAGCAUGCAUGUGGGGAUGCUGGUCAGGGCGAAGAAGGGGUAGCUGUGAGUCUUUACGGUAAUAAAGUCUGCCAUGUCGCCUGUUGCCGCCGUCUUGAAGUUGUGGUGUUUAGUCGUCCUGUUGAGGGUCGUGUUGGCAUCACUCCAGUACGGAAGCUCAUCCCAGUAGCGCUGGGUAAAACCUGCCCCUGGUUGUGGUUCGGCUGCGGCCCUGGCACAUUGAUCAACUACCCGACGGUCCGGUAGGCCAAAGACGCAAGCUAUCGCAAACGAACCAAUUAACCAAAUGGCACAAAACACAAACGCUUGUGUCAG